AUGGGUAUAAACGGAACAGAAGGUGGUCGCGGAUCGUUCCUUCCAAUUACUCUAUUCCUUGAUUUUAUUCAUGACCCAAAGAGCGUGAAACUAAUUCCACCUCCGCUUACACCUAACGAAGCUAAAUUUUUAGCCGAUAUAACGGUACCUGGAAAAUUUCUUACUGGUUACAAAGACGAUUAUGCCGAUUCUGACGAAGGUGUUCAACUAUUAUUUAAUGCAAUCAUUUUGUCAAAAACGGAGAUUUUGACCUGUGCGCAUAGUGUGCUCGGCGCCCCAUAUGUCUACGUAAUCGUUAAUAAACUAUCAAGAAAUGCGACAAGACUUAAAGUCACUGAAGACCAGAUAGAAAUUCAUGAGAAAUACACAUUUUCUGGAUUCGCAUUUAACAUUGCCAAGAUUACACUGGAAGAACCGUUGGAGUUCAACGAUAACGUCGGCAGCAUCGAUUUGGUAGACAAAGAUUACAAAAUGAAUGACCCGUCCGAAAUGGUCACUGUUUAUGGUAAUAUGGUAUUGGAUGGAAUAAAGAGAACGAGACGUUAUGAUACAAAGUAUUUGGAUGGCGCCAAAUGCAAACCGAAAGUGAACCGCGUAUUUGAUGCAAAGCAUUUGAUGUGUUACACUUCCGAUGAAAGCAUGGGAGCUCUCUCUACGUUUGGAGGUCCAAUGAUUUCGAAAAAGAAUAACAAACUCGUGGGCAUGACCAUAAAUCGUUUACCUGAUCAGUUAGUUAUUUUUCAACCGAUUGCACCGUUGCUUGAUUGGAUCCGGAAGCCAAGGGUAAAACGUAAUCAAAGAAAAAGAAUAUCGGCCGGAAAAAAAGAGGUUUAGGCGCCUGAAUACCGUCUCUUUUUUUGCCCCUGUCAUUUGAUAUUCAACAAAAGAACCGAAUAA